AUAUUGUCGAUAACUCGAUUCGAGUGACGACUGUGUCAUAUGAUCGUAUUUGGGGUGUCUUGGGUUAAGUUCUGGUAGUGUUCUCGUUAGUUAUAUCUCAAGAGAAAAAUCAGCGUAAUGUUUGCGAAAAUAUUAUGUUUAACCUUUGCACUUGCUGCAGUGCAAGCUUCCGGGGACUUCACGGUGUUGCACGGUCCAGACAGCAUUAAUUUCCAUGGAGAGGAACCAGUCUCCCAAAGUCUUCUCAAAGAGAUCUUUACCGCAGCACUUGGAUAUACCGUAAAACUACGAGGUACAUGGAGUGGGAUGAGUAUCAUCGACCCUUUUCACCUCCCAGAAGCAGUAGUUGGUAUCGCUGUUGAAGGUGUCAACUCAUUAGAGUCACCUAGAGGCAAACGUUACCCUCUGAACGUCGAUGAGGGUGAAGAAACUACCUGGCAAAUCCUGAGUGGUCGUCUUGAGAAGCGAGACAACAUGAACAUCGAAGUUAGACUUAGCCUCGAAGACGGUGUCAAUGCGCUUGGGCACUCUAUUCUUGGAGAAUUGAAGCCCUCUGCGGAACAGCAUUCACCCAAAUCGUUGAACCCAAAAAACGAAGCAGAUCGCAAACUUCUGGAGGAAAUCCAGCUGCUAGACGCUAUCACCAAAAAAGUCCCAUCUGCAAUAACCGCAGAUGAUAAGCCAGACGUUUACUGGUUUGUUCUGUCCGCACUUGGUCCAGUCAUUGAUCUUCAUGGGGCUGAUUCUGCUGCUGCCAAAGAAGCUUAUACCCUUAUGAACGACGCCCUAGCUCGUCUUAGUAACGCAUUCAUGGAUGUUUACAGUGGAAAGGUUUUGAUUUGUGCGUUUACAAAUGAUGGUACUUAUGUUCGUCACACUCGUGAUGUGGUUGCUGAGAACCGUGCGGAUGCUGAGAAUUCUGCAGAUGCUGUAACGGGACAAAGUCUACGUAGCACUGUAGAUGAAACUACAGAAGCCAAUGUGAAUCAGAACUCCACUGAUUCGUCUGACAAAAAGCCAAGGGUUUUGAAGAGUGAUCAAAUUAACAUCUCCAAGGUGUACGACGCAACGUAUCCAGUCAUGUUCAAUAUCUUUCUGUGGUUUGGAGUUGCCUUUGUCUUCUCGCUCAUCGCCAUUUGCAUAACUAUCGCCGACAUGGAUCCAGGACGCGAUUCCAUCAUCUACCGAAUGACCUCUAACAGGAUGAAGAAGGACAACUGAGCAUGAAUGGAUGAACUAGGAGACUUGUAAACUUGCAACUGAAUAUUUGCUGAGUUCCACAGCUGAUAGAAAUUGUAAAUUCCAUAUUUAUAGAAUGUAUCGAUAUUAAUAUAGUUUCAUUUAUUGUUAUCAAUACAGUGUCAUGCCUUCAGAAUUUUAUCAGCUCAUCUAGAGAACGAGAUCAGAAAUAGUUUAAUUUAACCAUAAUUAGGAUGGAAUUACCGUAAUUUAUUAAAUUAAUGCUACGGUUAUAUCUCACCAUCAGGUUCGUCAUACGGUCACACCAAAACCCAUUGCCCAGUAUUCCUGGCCGUUGUGCAUAUUAAUAAUUUAAUGAAUUCAUAUCGUUUAAAAAUGAAAAUUUUUACGUGUAAGUAAAUUAGUCAUCAAAGUGUGUAGUGCGAAGGUGAAGGAAGUAAAUAUGUCUGUACAUUGUAUAGUUAAGGAACCAAUAAUAAUGCUGUACAUUUGAACGUUA